AUGCCAGCCAGCUAAGUGCAUAUCUUUUAAUUAAUACUCUAACAUUUCCGGACUUGUAUGGAACCUCCAGUAUUUAAGCUGCUGCUGGAAGCGGUCGCCGAGCACAGUCUCAAGAAUGAAUUCUCGUAACCUGUUGUUGCUGCUAUUGGUAUCUUUAGCUACCUUGCAGGUGAUUUUAGCUGUGGAUUCGCCAGCCUGCCGCAAUGGCAUGCUCUAUCCGGGGGAAUCAAUAUACACAUACUACUACUGCGUGAACGGAGCACUGAAAGAUGGAAAGUGUCCGGAGGGCAGUUACUUUGAUGCCAACUUUCUCAUGUGCCGUCAUGGAGCGCCGCCAGUUGGUAGCGAUGAUGCAGAGAUCACGAAUGGCGAAUGCCAGCGUUGGGGAUUGGUUGCGGACUUGACCGAUUGCAAUCGCUUUUAUCACUGCCAGAAUAAGGGUGCUACUAUGGAGCGUCUCAGCUGCGACCAGGGUUUGAUCUUUGAUGAGUCCAAAUUUACUUGUGUUGUGGGCCAAUGUUGAGCUUUAGGAAACUUUAAUUUAUACAAUAACAAAACUUAUGAAUAAUAAAAUGAGGCAAGCCUUCAAACAGAGA